CUCUCGCCAUCGCAGCCAAGGCAUUCAUUCCCCUCCCUAAUCCAUUCAUUCAUUCAUUCAUUCCCCUCGAAUCCAAUCCAUGAAGUUCGGCAAGGAUUUCCGGAACCACCUGGAGGGGACGCUGCCGGACUGGAAGGACAAGUACCUCGCAUACAAGGCCCUCAAGAAGCUCAUCAAGACCCUGCCCCCCGACGCCGACCACCCUGCCCCUCCCCCUCCUCCUCCCGCCCCCGCCGCCGCGGGAUUCGGAUACGGGGACGAUGUCGCCCUGGGGAACUGGUUCGCCAGGAUCCUCGACGUCGAGCUCCACAAGCUCAACGACUUCUACAUGGAGAGGGAGGAGUGGUACGUCAUCCGCCUCCAGGUGCUCAAGGAGAGGAUUGAGCGAGUCAAAGCUAAGAAGAAUGAUGCUUUUACAUCCAAGAUUGAGUUCACUGAAGAGAUGUUAGAGAUACGCAGAGAUUUUGUGCUUAUCCACGGGGAAAUGAUACUUCUGCAGACCUACAGCUCCCUAAAUUUUGCUGGACUUGUGAAAAUACUGAAGAAGUAUGACAAAAGAACAGGCGGAUUGCUCAGCCUACCUUUCACUCAACGUGCUCGCCACGAACCAUUUUUCACCACUGAACCCUUAACAAGGCUUGUUCGAGAAUGUGAGGCUAAUCUUGAACUCCUUUUCCCGGUCGAAGAAGAAGUACUCGAGUCUGGUUCCUCCUCAAAGCUGCAACCUCACAAUAAUGUGUCUACUCAUGGCCCAGGACAAUCUUGUGACUUGGAAACCGCAAAAGUGUACCAAAGCACACUAGCAGCAAUGAAAGCGAUAGAGGGCCUUAAGAAAGCGAGCUCUACUUACAAUGCCCUCUCCCUCGCUAGGUUCUUCCAUGGAGAGGACGGUGAAGCUUGCUCUGGCGCCAUCACUUCUGAGAGCUCACUGUUGGAUUCCAUGACAGAUUCCCAGGUUGAAGAUGCCGAUAAGGAUGAUAAAGAGGUGCAAUCAAAGGAGAAGACUGCUGCUGAAACCAAGCAUAAUGCUGAAGCAGGGCGGCGCGGCGGAUGAUCUUUCUUCGCAUAAAUUCUUAAAUCUCCACUGAUAAGUGUAAAUGAUAGCACUGAAUAAUCUGGGUUUUUAGCCAGCCUUUGAAAUGUGUAACCAUGAGUGAAGUUUAAUUUGGAAUUUUGGAGGUUUAGGAAGAGUGUUUGUGAGCCAUUUAGCUUAUUUCAAAGGAAUUUAUACAAUCUAUCUGUUUAUCAUUUUUUUUGUAUAGCAAAAUCAAAGUGCUCCUGUUUAUCUUCUUUGUAUA